AUGCCGAAGGUGUCCUUGGAGUCGGCGCGGGCGAGGGACAAGGACAUCCUCGAAAAGCUGGGCCGAGUGCAGAAGGCCGCCCAGAGCCACAAGCAGCACAGCAAGUUGAGCCAGCAGCGCCACGAGUGGACCGAGCAGGCCCGAGGCUUGGCCUGGGAGGCGAGACGCCUGGAGGCGGAGGUGGCUGGUUCUGCGGCGGAGCUGGGGAUUUGGCAAGAGGUGGCAGAGGAUGCCCAGGCAGAGGAUGCCACGAAUGAGAUGUGGCUUCAGGUGGCGGGCCUGCGGCAGCUGCUGGCGCAGCUCCGGCUGCGGGACAUGGAGCGGCUGAAGCAGGCGCCCCAGCAGGCGCUGCAGCUGCAGGCGGCGCUGAGCUCCGUGGGCGCGGCGGUGCGAGGUCAGGCGCCCCACCUGGCCGCCGAGGCCUCUGUGCUGGAAGGGGAGUCUGCCACCUUACGGUCCAAGCUCCGUGCCCAGCUCGCCGCCGAGCACCUUUGGCCAGCUUCCAGCACGGAUCGGGCUGAUCGCGCAGACCGCGAGGAUCGCUGCGAUCUGAGUGACGAAGAAGACGACUUGCUGCAAAACCUCGGAGAUGAGGAGGACUACCGCCACGGCUUGGAGGCUUUGAACUCCCAGGCGCGCCUGCGAAGGAAUCGACAGAGCCUGCCAUUUUGA